CAUCUCAUCCCCUCCGGCGAUGGAGAAAUCCGGCUAUGGCAGCGACGGCAUUUUCCGGUCGCUUCGUCCGCCCUUCGUUCUCCCCAGCGACCCAAAUCUCUCCUUAGUCUCUUUCCUCUUCCGUGAUUCUUCUUCUUACCCGACGAAGCCUGCCCUCAUCGACUCCGAUUCCGGCGAGUCUCUCACCUUCGCUCAGCUCAAAUCCGCCGUCGCCAGACUCGCCCACGGGUUUCUCCGUCUGGGUGUUCGUAAAAACGACGUUGUGUUGAUCUUCGCGCCCAAUUCUUUACAGUUCCCUCUCUGUUUCCUCGCCCUCGCCGCUAUCGGCGGCGUCUCCACCACCGCGAAUCCUCUUUACACAGUGGAGGAGCUUUCGAAGCAGAUUAUGGACUCGAAACCGAAAGUCAUUGUGUCUGUCCACCAACUGCUCGACAAAAUUAAGGCUUUUGAUCUUCCCGUUGUUCUGCUCGGACCGCGAGAAUCCGUACAGGUUUCUCGUACGGGGUCGAGCUCGAAGGUUGUCAGUUUCCAUGACGUGAUGGGUUUAUCUGGGUCUGUCUCAGAUUUCCCAUUGGUCGACGUCAAACAAUCCGACACAGCUGCUCUGUUAUAUUCAUCUGGUACCACGGGCACAAGCAAAGGCGUUGAAUUGACUCAUAGGAAUUUCAUUGCGGCGUCUUUGAUGAUGACGAUGGAUCAAGAGCUCAUGGGACAGAUGCACCACGUGCUCUUGUGCUUCCUCCCGAUGUUCCAUGUGGCUGGAUUGGUCGUGAUAACAUAUUCUCAGCUGCGCAAAGGAAAUGCUGUGAUUUCCAUGGCGAAAUUCGAACUUGAGGCACUUCUUAAGAACAUUGAGAAGUAUCAAGUCACCAAUUUGUGGGUUGUUCCUCCUGUUCUUCUUGCUCUUUCCAAAUAUAGUGCUACAAAAAUCUAUGAUCUUUCAUCGUUGAAUUACAUUGGAUCCGGAGCUGCACCUCUUUCUAAAGAGUUGAUGGAUGAAUGCGGAAAAAACUUCCCUAAUGUCAUGCUGUUGCAGGGAUAUGGUAUGACUGAAACUUGUGGUAUCAUCUCCAUGGAAGAUCCAAGACUCGGAAAACGGAAUACAGGUUCGGUUGGAAUGCUUGUCUCUGGAGUUGAAGCGCAGAUAGUCAGCUUAGAAACUCAAAAACCGUUGCCUCCUGAUCAGUUCGGUGAAAUAUGGGUUUGGGGACCUAACAUGAUGAGAGGGUAUUUUAAUAACCCUCAGGCCACGAAGGAGACAAUUGACGAAAAGGGUUGGGUACAUACUGGGGAUCUUGGCUACUUCAACGAUGAUGGCAACCUUUACAUUGUUGAUCGGAUCAAGGAACUUAUCAAAUACAAAGGCUUCCAGGUUGCUCCAGCAGAACUUGAAGGACUUCUUGUGUCUCACCCUGAGAUAAUACUAGAUGCUGCUGUUGUUCCGUGCCCAGAUGAAGAAGCUGGUGAAGUUCCAAUCGCAUUUGUUGUCCGGGCACCCAAUAGCUCAUUGACAGAGGAAGAAAUCCAAAAUUUCAUAGCUAAGCAGGUUGCCCCUUUCAAAAGGCUGCAACGGGUCUCCUUCAUAAGCAGUGUCCCGAAAACGGCUUCUGGUAAAAUAUUGAGAAGAGAGCUCAUUAAACAAGUAAGAUCCAAUAUGUGAGAUCUUCAUUUCUAAUGCUUCUUUUCAUUGUAAAUGAAAAAGGAAACCGCUUUAUGAAUAAUCUAAACCCAGAUCUUGGGGAUAAACUAAGGGGACAAAAGGGUGUAAACAAUGUAUUCCCACUUUUGUCCAGUGAGGAAAGAAGGAAUCAUGAACACGUUUCAAUUAUUGUAAAAAUGCUCACGUUGUCCAGU